ACAAACCGUGAGUCACGCCGAGACUCGCUCGAGCGCCGGUGGUGGUUCCGUUGGUGUACGUCACGGAUCCUCAUAUUUAUUCAGCGAGGAGGCAGCGGCAUCGACUGAACUGGCUGCUUCUGGUUUCAAGACACAUAAAUACAAAGAGAGACGCUGCGAAUAUACAAAGAACCGAGGAACGCUCUCCGCUUUACGCUGAAGACGACAAAGUCCGAUUCCCUAGAAGAAGAGUUUGGACGGCAUGCAAAGUUGUGAAAUAUCUUCAGACAGCACUGAUGAUCCUCUUAGUAGUGCCUUACACAGAAAACGACAACCACGAAUAGUAGUAAUUGGUGCGGGCUUGGCCGGCCUUGUCACCACCAAAACCCUCUUGGAGAGCGGCUUCACCAAUGUCACGGUGCUAGAAGCCUCAGACCGUAUCGGAGGCAGAGUGCAAAGCAUUCAGCACGGUAAAACCACUUUGGAACUUGGAGCAACCUGGAUUCAUGGGGCAAAUGGGAACCCCAUCUACCACCUGGCUGAGGACAAUGGGCUGCUGGAACACACCACAGAGGAGGAGAGGAGUGUGGGCCGCAUCAGCCUCUACACCAAGAAUGGUGUGGCCCACUACCAGACCAACAAUGGCAAGCGGAUCCCAAAGGAUCUGGUGGAGGAGUUCAGUGAUCUGUACAAUGAGGUGUACGAGCUGACUCAGGAGUUCUUCCAGAAUGGAAAGCCUGUGGGAGCCGAGAGUCAAAACAGCGUGGGGAUCUUCACUCGGGAUGUUGUGCGCAAGAAGAUCAUGCUUGAUCCCUAUGACUCAGAAAGCACCAAGAAACUCAAGUUAUCUAUGCUACAACAGUACCUCAAGGUGGAGAGCUGUGAAAGCAGUUCCCCCAGCAUGGAUGAAGUGUCUUUAAGUGAGUUUGGCGAGUGGACCGAGAUUCCCGGCGCUCACCAUGUCAUUCCUGCUGGUUUCAUUAAAAUCGUUGAGAUCCUAGCUCAGGACAUCCCGAGUCGCGUCCUCCGCUUCAGCAAGCCUGUCCGCCGCAUCCACUGGAACUGCAGCUCCCAUGAUACAGAGGAAAUUGUAGACCAGGUCGACCAUAACCAGGACCAACGGCCCAGCCAUUCUCCAGUCUGCGUGGAGUGUGAAGACGGCGAGUGUCUGCUGGCAGACCAUGUGAUCGUAACAGCCUCUCUUGGGGUUCUGAAGAAAGCUCAUGAGACUCUCUUCUCCCCGGGACUGCCAUUAGACAAGGUGCAGGCCAUCCAGAAACUGGGCAUUAGUACUACUGACAAGAUCUUUCUGGAGUUUGAGGAGCCCUUCUGGAGCCCCGAGUGCAACAGCAUUCAGUUUGUGUGGGAGGACGAGGCACAACUGGAGAGCCAGGCAUACCCAGAAGAGCUUUGGUACAGAAAGAUCUGCAGCUUUGAUGUGCUGUAUCCACCUGAACGCUAUGGCCACAUGCUGAGUGGUUGGAUCUGCGGAGAAGAGGCCCUGCGCAUGGAAAGGUGUGACGAUGAGACUGUGGCGGAGAAAUGCACUGAACUACUGCGUCAGUUUACAGGGAACCAGAAUAUUCCGAAACCAAGGCGGAUCCUGCGCUCCUCAUGGGGCAGUAAUCCUUAUAUCCGGGGUUCUUACUCUUUUACUCGAGUUGGCUCCAGUGGCAGAGAUGUGGAGAAGCUAGCUGAGCCCCUGCCUUAUAUUAAGAACACUAAGGCUCCGCCACUACAGGUGUUGUUUGCUGGGGAAGCCACCCAUAGAAAAUACUAUUCCACUACCCAUGGUGCUUUGUUGUCAGGGCAGAGGGAGGCCAACCGCUUAAUCGAGCUGUACCAGUGCUCCUUCGGUGAAGAAACCACAAAGCCUAACAUUUAAAAUAAUCGCAACAACAACAAGAACCACUUACUAGUGACAAAAACAAUUGUGUUAUGUGCUAUCUGUGUUUCAAAUUAUGAAAUGAUUAUGUAUGAAAACCUAGUAGGGGCAUUAAUCUAAUAAAAAUAAAUCCUCUUUAUACUGUACUUAGAUUAGCACUUUUUAGAUUUUACUUGAGAUGUACUGUACAAGGCAGCCAUGUGGCACUUUCUCUAGUCCUUAUUUUUUCUUAUUAUUUUUAAUCAAUGUUAAUAUGUUUCUAUAAUUUAAUAUUUUUUUUAAGUGCCUUCUGUAUUUAAUGUUGUCUUUAAAAAAUUAACAAAAAAUAAUAAUAAUUUAAAGUAUAAAUAAAAAUGCAGUGUAUGGUAAUGUGAAGAAAAAUGUGUUUUUCUUUCCAAGUAUGUUUCAGCCUAUUAUUCCAUUUUUUUCUUUCCUUCUCUUACAAAAAUACAUUUCUUUGAAAUACAGAUGAUCGAACUAACUUAUCAGGCUUGUAAGAUUUGGGUCUUUUUAUAGCACUAUUCAGUGCAGAUUACAGAUUUUUUUUUUACAGUUUUGGCUCUGUACAACUAUACACUGUAGACUCUAAGGGGUCUGCUCUAUUUUAAAGACCACUGUAAGAAACAAGAUAUAAAUAAAAAUACAAAAUCUAGGCGACCACAAGAGGGCAGUGUUGACCUUUAAAAAAAAAAGAUUACUAAUAAUAAUAAUAAUAACAAUAACAACCUGCCACAAGGCUCCAUAUAAUGUUAACCUUCGGACAUACCAGUGGCAGAUCAUUAAUGUACAUACAGAAUAAGAUUGGGGAUAGUAUGGAGCCUUGUGGCAGGUCGGUCAACAGAGGGAGAGGGGCUCUUACCAAUACGAACAGUUUGUAAACGUUGAUAGAGAUAUGAUUUUAACCAUUUUAACACCUUAUCUGAGAGAUUAAAAGAAGAUAGUUUAGCCAAUAGGAGACGAGAGUUUACUGUGUCAAAUGUUUUUCUAAGAUCAAGGAAAACUGCUCCUACAAUGCUAUUGCUGUCAAGUGAUAACUUGAUUUUAUCAAUAAAGUUGCAAUGACUGCUUCCGUA